CUCACAAUCAGUGCUCAGUGCUGUGCAUUUUAAUCGCCUUGAUCGGUCGGCCAACAACUCGAACUCAUAGGAGGCGGAUCCCUUGUCAAGAGUCAAAAUUGAUUCUGCGAUUUUAUUGUUUUUCUCAAGGAAAUUUUCCGCAACACAAGCCCUUAAGUGUGGGAUUACUCGUUAGUGAUAAAGUGGAUUGAUCAAUCCAAAGAUGACAGAUUCCAAAUAUUUUACCACCACCAAAAAAGGUGAAAUUUUCGAGUUGAAGUCAGAAUUGAACAAUGACAAGAAGGAGAAAAAGAAAGAAGCAGUGAAGAAGGUCAUCGCGUCCAUGACCGUCGGCAAAGAUGUUUCGGCACUGUUCCCCGACGUCGUGAACUGCAUGCAGACGGAUAAUUUGGAGCUGAAGAAGCUAGUUUACCUGUAUUUAAUGAAUUACGCCAAGAGUCAGCCGGAUAUGGCCAUCAUGGCAGUCAACACCUUCGUUAAGGAUUGCGAGGACCCCAACCCUCUAAUCAGGGCGUUGGCCGUGCGCACGAUGGGCUGCAUCAGGGUGGACAAGAUCACCGAGUACCUGUGCGAGCCCCUGCGCAAAUGUUUGAAGGACGAGGACCCGUAUGUGCGCAAGACCGCGGCCGUGUGCGUGGCCAAACUGUACGAUAUCAACUCGUCCAUGGUCGAGGACCAGGGCUUCUUGGACCAGCUCAAGGAUUUGCUCUCCGACUCCAAUCCUAUGGUCGUGGCUAACGCCGUGGCAGCACUCUCAGAGAUCAACGAGUCCAGUUCAAGCGGGUCCCCUCUGGUCGAAAUGACUCCGCAGACUGUCAACAAGCUGCUGACCGCCCUCAACGAGUGCACCGAGUGGGGACAGGUGUUCAUCCUCGACUCGCUCGCCAACUACUCCCCUCGGGAUGAGCGAGAGGCUCAAAGCACUUGCGAGCGUAUCACUCCUCGUUUGGCGCACGCAAACGCCGCGGUGGUGUUGUCAGCCGUGAAGGUGCUGAUGAAGUUCAUGGAAAUGUUGCCGUCAGACUCGGAGUUUGUAACGUCGUUGACCAAGAAGCUGGCGCCGCCUCUGGUCACGCUGCUCUCCUCUGAGCCAGAGGUGCAGUACGUGGCGCUGCGCAACAUCAACCUGAUCGUGCAGAAGCGGCCGGAUAUUCUAAAACAUGAGAUGAAGGUCUUCUUCGUCAAGUACAACGACCCAAUCUACGUCAAACUCGAGAAGCUGGACAUCAUGAUCCGCCUCGCGUCGCAGGCCAACGUUGCUCAAGUCUUGUCUGAGCUGAAAGAAUACGCCACUGAGGUUGAUGUCGACUUUGUGAGGAAAGCUGUGAGGGCCAUCGGCAGGUGCGCCAUCAAGGUCGAGCAGUCUGCUGAAAGAUGUGUUUCCACCCUGCUGGACCUUAUCCAGACCAAAGUCAACUACGUGGUGCAAGAGGCGAUUGUUGUGAUCAAAGACAUUUUCCGCAAAUAUCCCAACAAGUACGAGAGCAUUAUCUCUACUCUGUGCGAGAAUCUCGACACUCUGGAUGAGCCGGAAGCCAGAGCUUCAAUGAUCUGGAUCAUUGGCGAGUAUGCCGAGCGCAUUGACAACGCAGACGAGUUGCUCGAGUCAUUCCUGGAAGGAUUUGCUGACGAGAACUCUCAGGUGCAGCUGCAGCUCCUGACAGCCAUCGUCAAGCUUUUCCUGAAGCGACCUUCUGACACCCAGGAACUCGUUCAGCAGGUACUGAGUCUGGCAACGCAAGAUUCUGACAACCCAGAUCUUCGCGACCGCGGCUUCAUUUACUGGCGACUGCUGUCAACUGACCCAGCCGCGGCCAAGGAGGUUGUUCUGGCUGAGAAGCCGCUCAUCUCGGAGGAGACGGACCUGCUGGAGCCGACUCUGCUGGAUGAACUGAUCUGCCACAUCUCAAGCCUGGCCUCAGUCUACCACAAGCCGCCAUCAGCCUUCGUUGAGGGCCGCUCUGGCAUCCGCAAGAGUCUGCCGGCCAGCGCCCGCGCUGGCUCCGAGGGUGUUGAAUCUACAGAGAGUCAGGCCGCGCCCGCAGUCAUUCCAGCGCAGGACUCCCUGAUCGGCGACCUCCUCAGCAUGGACAUAGGUGGACCUACCGUGGCACCUGUUGCGGCAGCGCCUGCUGCCCCCUUCGGAAGCGCCGCCAUGGACCUGCUUGGUGGCGGUCUUGACACGCUGCUGGGUGAGACGAGCAGCUCGCCUGCGCCUCCGAGCGCCCUGCCGGCGUCGUCUGCCGCGUUGCUGGGUGACAUCUUUGGCGCCCCGGCUGCUUCCGCCACCUACGUCGCGCCCAAGACAACAUGGUUGCCCGCGGAAAAGGGCAAGGGGCUGGACAUCAGCGGCUCCUUCGUGCGCAGAAACGGACAGCUUUUCAUGGACCUCACUUUCUCCAACAAGGCCAUGCAGCCGAUGUUGGGCUUUGCUAUUCAGUUCAACAAGAACAGUUUCGGCAUUACUCCUGCGUCGCCGCUGCAAGUGCAGAGCCCUCUGCCACCUGGCGUGGCUGCGGAUGCUUCUCUGCCCUUGGCCACCACUGGGCCUGUCCAGAAAAUGGAGCCUCUCACCACCCUUCAGGUCGCUGUGAAGAACAACGUCGACGUGAUGUACUUUGCUUGUCAAAUCCCAAUGCACGCCUUGUUUGUCGAAGACGGUCAGAUGGAUAAACGUGUCUUCCUUGCCACCUGGAAGGAGAUCCCUGCCCAGAACGAGGUUCAAUACACAAUUACCAACGUUAUGCACAGUGCAGACUCCAACUUCACAGAUACCGUGGUUUCGAGGAUGCAGCAGAACAACGUGUUCACGAUUGCCAAGCGCAACGUCGAGGGCCAGGACAUGCUUUACCAGUCUCUGAAGCUGACCAACGGCAUUUGGGUGCUGAACGAGCUCAAAAUUCAGCCAGGAAAUCCCAACAUCACGCUGUCGCUGAAAUCCAGAACUCCAAACGUCGCUGAGGGCGUUUUCCAAGCUUACGACAACAUCCUCCAUGGUUAAAAACAUUCCAGGAAUUAGCAAGAGGGGGCCAUCUCUGCUAGUUGAUUGAUUCAUGCAUAUUUAAUAAAAUUAAAAACAUACUACCUAUGUGUAUCGUCAAAAUCGUGUGUAAGGUGUAUCUGCUUUAUCUCAUGCUGCUGUUAUCGUUAAUGGAUAGAAAUAUAAAUAGUUCGACAACACAUAA